CACACACACACACACGUACACACACACUGUCUGCUUUCAGCUCUGCUGGGACAGGGACACACUCAAUCCGGAAUCCUCGGAGUAGGAUCGCUGUAUCCGAGACUUGGAGAGAACUUCUUUCACUUCGACUUUUUUCCAUACAAUGUGAGGAAAUGGCCGAGCGAAGGAGUGACUGGGUGGAGAUUUUGGAGCCGCGCUCACGCGAGCGCAUGUACGUCAACCUGGUGACGGGCGAGUGCGGCUGGGAGGCACCGGCCGGCGUGAACGUCCGACAGUCGGACGGUAACCAGUGGUGGGAGCUGUUUGACAACCACAACAACCGUUUCUAUUACUACAACUCCACCAGCCAACAGACAGUGUGGCACCGGCCACAGGCCUGCGACAUCGUGCCACUGGCACAGCUCCAAGCCAUCAAGAAGAGCUCCGAGGCCGAGCUCAGGGGCCAUGGGAACAGCGGGAGGAACACCCUGGUGGCCGCAGUGGUUUCACCCAACUCGACCGCCUCUCAGGAGCUAGACAGCAGCAGGGAGACGCCAUCGUUAAAAAGCAGAGGGGGCAGUUUGGAGAAGAGGAGCGAGGGCAGCAGAGAGCCAAAUCCGAGAUGGCAGCCUGCUCCAGGCUCCAAGGCGGCCAUGUUGGUGAAAGUAAGCGGCAGUGGCCGGAACCAGCACACCACCCCUGCUAGCCCCCGCCCCCUUAUUCAUUUGAGCCUGCCCACCAGCAACACCCCCUCUCCUAUUCCCACAUACCCCAACAGGACUGCCUCCUUUGGCAAGAUGGACCCCAAACAGUCCUUACAUCUCCUCAAGAAGGCAGACAGCGGCAACUUCAGCAUGGGGAUGCCCAGCUCUGGCGCCCCCUCAUCUACAAAUGCUCUCCGCCCUUCUUCCCCUCAGUACGCAGCCACGCCCCCUGUGCCAAUCUACGAUGAGCCUCCGACUUCAGAUCCACCUAUUUAUGAUGAACCACCAGCUGACAUGGAGGUGGAAGGGGCCGACUACUUGACCCACGACCCUUAUAGACCUACGCAAAGCAUGCCACGAUUGGCUCCACCCCCUAAACUUCUCCAGUUCCCCCAAGCCAAGCACAAGCGCCAUCCGUCGGCUGGGGAGUACAGCGCAGCUGGGCGCGAAUGCAUCAAGCACAUGGUGAAUGUGGACCUCCAGCAAGGAGAGAGCCCAAAAGAAGAGGUUUCCCUGGAGAAGAAGCAGCCAUGGCACAGCCGUCAGAGCAGCCUGGCAUCUCAGGAGUACCCACCACCCUCCACUGUCACCUACCAGGACUCGGGCUACUCGACGGGGCCCUCUCCGAGUCUGCGCAGGAAGAACCGCAGAAGAGCGGUUCCAGGGCACGGGGCAGGAAGUGGCAGCGAUCUCAGUGACAAGCUGAUGGCUGAGAUGAAGGUGGCUUUAAUGAGCUCAGAAGGUUCACUGAAAAGCACAACGCUGCCUGGACCAAUUUCAGGCUCAGGAGAGGACACUAUGGGCAGCGAGCGUUCACUGUACAGCAGGCACGGAGACGCGACGCUGACUUCGACUGAGGGGCUAGCAGGGGGGCAGAAGAGGACGUACGAGAAGGUGGACUCGUUGGAGAAGAGUGAAGCGUCUCACACUAGCCUCUCCUCUCCAGAGCCACCUGCAUCACCCUCACAGGCAGGAACACUGGAAUCCAAAAGCCAGCCGGACUUCCGCUCUCAACACGGAAAAGACCGCAACGAUGAGGUAACAGUUCAUGGCACCACUUCCGUCUCCUCACUUCCUGCCCUCCAGGUGCAUACCCCCACCUCUGGUGCCACCUACCAAUACCCUUACUCUACCCUAUGCAAGCCACCGAUCGAUGUGGAUAUGGAAGCAUGGGCUACCAAGAACCUGAACCAGCACACGCGAGGCCUGCUGCGCCGACGCGUCUCCAUCGCCACCAUGCUCUCCUGGAGCAAUGCUUCCAUCAGGAAGCCUAUGCUGAUCACGAGCGACCGUGCCAUCAAGAAAGAAGCCUGCGACAUGUUUAAGCUGGUGCAAGCGUACAUGGGAGACCGGCAAGUGACACGCCUCGACCGCCGCCAUGUCGCCCUUCAUGUAGUGACCAAGUGCUGGAGCAUGCAGGGCCUGAGGGACGAGCUGUAUGUUCAGCUGAUCCGACAGACCACGGACAACCUGAACCUCAGCAGCCUCUGUGCCGGCUGGGAGCUCAUGGCCAUCAGCCUGGCCUUCUUCUCUCCAUCACCCAAGUUCAGACGCUAUCUUGAGGGAUACAUCCAGAGACACCUGGAGCCCAGUCAUGACAAGAAGAUAUUACAGAGGAUUGUGGAACAACAGGACAUAAAGAACAAGAAGAACUCGAAGUCCAGGAAGAAGAGGAAACAGAACAAUGAAGAAGAGGAAGAACAGGGUACAUGUCUGCCAAUCAGCACUUACGCCAAAUACUGCUACCGCAAGCUGCAGAAAGUUGCUGUGACUGGGGGUAAAAAGGGUCUGAGGAAACCUACCCUGGAUGAGAUUGAUCACGGGAGGAACGCCAUAGUGACGCCCUCACUGUUCGGAAGCGCUCUGGAGGAGAUCAUGGAGAGGCAGAGCCAGCGCUUCCCUCAGAGGAGGCUGCCCUGGGUGCAGGUGCAGCUUUCUCAGUGUGUUCUGGCACUCGGUGGAGCACAGACCGAGGGCAUUUUCAGAGUCCCAGGAGACAUUGAUGAAGUGAAUGCCCUCAAAUUACAGGUGGACCAGUGGAAAAUUCCCGAAAAUCUCUCUGACCCUAAUGUUCCUGCAUCACUGUUAAAGCUGUGGUACAGGGAGUUGGAGGAGCCUGUGAUUCCACAGAGUUUCUAUAUGCAGUGUAUCAGUCACUAUGAGGAUGCCGAGGCAGCUAUCAGCGUAGUGCAGGCUUUACCAGAGCUUAACAGACUGGUACUGUGUUACUUCAUCCAUUUCUUACAGGUUUUUGCACAGCCAGUGAAUGUAAGCAAGACUAAGAUGGACGUGAACAAUCUGGCCAUGGUGAUGGCGCCUAACUGCCUGCGCUGCCAGUCAGAUGACCCCCGCAUCAUAUUCGAGAACACGCGCAAAGAAAUGUCUUUUCUCCGCAUCCUCAUUGUGCAUCUGGACACCAGCUUCAUCAAGGACCUUGUGUGACCUUUACGCUAUGACAGUUCGUCUCCCUGCUCAUCCGUGUGCUCAUGGGUGUCUCUUUCUUUACAGGGUUCGGUUCUAUGGCAUUGUCGCCUGUUAGCUAUGGCCAUGUCAGUGCUUUAUAACUCUGAGAAAAGAAAAAAAAAAAGACAUGCUGAGGUCUUGAGGAAAGUGAUGGAUAACCAUGUUUGCUUGUUCAGUUUCUUAGCUAAAACCUCCAAAUACGAAUCACCAGCAAAUGACUCACUGAUUCACCGAAUACCAGCAUUCUCCUGAGGUUUUCGCCUGUUUGACUGGGAGUCAUUUUGAGUGAAACUUUGUAGCAGAUGCCACUGUAAUGACUGAAUCGAUUCAGAAAUAAAUCUUUUUCAAUGGCAGA